CUGUGGCUCAUCCUCCACAUCCAUGAUACGCUGCGGCGUUCUCUUGUUUCUUGUCAGUUAAACGCGAUCGGCGUUGGCGUCGGCACCGCAAAACAAUUGAAGGCGCGAGCGCUGUCAAUGCUGUCAUGAGGUACGACCGGCGACUGCUGCUGUGGUGCCUCACAGUGGUUACAGGGGGCCUCUCGGUGUUCGCAGGGGGGUCCAAAGGGGUUUUCUACCCCUAUCAUGCCACGCAUCCCUCUUAUUUACCACCCCAACGGUCGCAACGGCAGGUCUAUGCCAAACUUGUCAUGGCGGAUGUGAUCAACAGGUUGGGGGUGAAAUUAUUGGCGAUUCAAAAUGAAUACAACGAAAAUAACAUUGCCAUAUCUCCAUACGGCGCCUUGAGCGUCCUCAUAGCCUUAGGAGAGGGUCUCCAAGGGGACGCAGUUCGGGAAAUCCAGCUGGCUGCGCAGAUACCAAAUGAUAUCACCAUCAUCCGGCAUGGUCUCAGAGAUAUCAACCGAGAUUUACAGAGCUACUUCAUUCCGAAGGAGGGAUUUUUAGCUGGUUUAACACUGAACUACGACAACGUCUCAUUGAAGCCACAGUAUCAAGAUAUUCUGAUUUACUAUGGAUACGACAUAACAGCCUUCAAUGUAGCCUUGUAUCCACCUCCUCAAAAGCAGUCUCCACCGGAAUCAACAACUACCACCACUAAUCAAACGACUACAAGCACAAUAGCACCAAUAAAUACAAGCCCAACACAAAUUACUGAAAGAUCAAUAACUAUUGAGACAAUUACAAGCACUCAAAGUACUACAAUGGAAACGAGUACUAAUCCAACUACAGCCAAUCCAACUAGCACAAUGGAAGUUAGUUCUACUCCGACUACAGCCACUCCAAUCACUACAAUGGAACCUAGUACUACUUCAACUACAGCAAUUCCAAUUACUACAAUGGAAACUAGUACGACUCAGACUACAGCCACUCCAGUUACAACAAUGGAAACUAGUACUACUCCAACCACAGUCACUGCAACUAGUACACCUGAAACAAGUUCUUCCCCAACUACAGUCAGUCCAAUUACUACAAUGGAAACAAGUACCACAACUACAGAUACUAUGACAACAACUAUACAACCAGUCACUACAAUUAUAACUAUUACAAAUACAGGUGAGCCAAGUAACACAAGCACAACUAGAACUAUAAUACCAAACAAUACAUCACCUUCCAGUACAAGUAUUUCCGAAACUAACUCCACAACUAAAAUUGAUCCUUUCACAACCUAUUCAAGUAAUAGUACUUUGAGUACCACACCAAGCUAUAUCACACCAAUCAGGACUAUCAAUACUGACACUCGGUCCGCAUUUCUUGCACCAUCCAAUCUAACCAGCGUGAACCUAUCUAAGCUAAGACAUUUUAAUCAGCCACUAACUGGGACUGAUACUGGUGCUCAUCUUUCAGAAGUUUCAACAGAAAGUAUCGUUACUACUACUUCAUCUGAGCCUAUGCCCCCAACAACAACAUUAUCAACCACGCAGAAUGUGGAAGCUAUUAUAUCCACCCAAACAACACCUGUCGAUUCGACAUCUGAACUACUAACCAACAUGCCUACUACAGUACUUUCUGUUCAAUUGACAACAACAGAAGAAGAAACGACAGAAUACAAGAUGGAGAGUACUACCGAAGCACCUGUUGAAUUAACUUCAACGGAUAAAACUGAAACUGAAGGUACCGGUACCACAGAACAGAGAGUUAUAUCUACCGAAGCGAUGACAGAAGAGACCAUAGAACAAGAAACAACCGAAUCAGUGACAGAUGAAACCACGGAGCAACAAAUCCCGACAACUGAAGGGAUGACAGAAAGUUCUAUGGCGACAACUGAAGCACUGAUAACUGAAGAGAUGACAGAAAAUUCCAUGAAACAACAAUUGGCGACAACUGAUGCCACUAUGACUGCACUAGGCUUCGCAGGAUCCCCAAAACAAAAGAGAAUGAGCAAACCUAGCCCUAUUUCUCUAAACAAGUGGUCAUGGACCGACAAAAUCCCUAGCAGGAGAGUUGCCAAGUCUGUUUCAGAGUACAUCAAGUACCAGAAACCGUUCUACUAUACGACCUACAGCUACCCUAGACCCGUCAACCCCUCGAUGAGCCAAGAACCCCCAUAUUUCCUAGUCCAAGGACGUUACAAGGAGUACAACGUCAACUUUAUGCGGUACAAUACAAUGUUGCCGGCUUGCGACGUCGCGCAUUUAGAUGCGCGUGCUCUGAAGUUCCCACUCGAUCGGAAGGAGUACUACCUUCUUAUUCUUCUGCCAAACAGAGAUAAUGGGGUAGACAAGCUAGUGAGGGACCUGAGGUUCAAUGGGGACUUGAGGCAGAUUGUGGAUGGUUUGAGGACGAUGCAUGUGGACGUCACUAUACCUAGUUUCAAGAUGAGUGGUUAUGUGAGGCUGACGCCGUUGUUCCAAAGGUUGGGAAUAAAGCAGGUGUUUGAACCAAAUCAAGCUGAUUUCACACCAAUGACAGAUCAAAAACAGAUUUACGUCACUAGUAUAGAGCAAGCGAUAACAGUGAACAUCAAGCACUAUGUGGACAUUGAAAGCAUGAUCCCAAAAAAUUCGUACCUUUGGGAAUUCAAGGCAAAUCAUCCCUUCCUGUUUUUCGUCAUGGAUUCGGAAUUGCAGGUUUCCCUUAUGUCAGGAAAAGUAACAAAUCCUCUCAAUACCAGGAUAAGUUAAUAUAGUGGAAACAAAUUAGAAUAGUUAAAUUUGUAUCUAUAUUUUGUACAUACAUUCACCAAUACAAUUUCAUAAAUA